CUUGUGGUGUCUCUUACAUCAUGCUACUAGAGAUCAUUUGCGGAAACCGGCGCGCAAGCGCAAGAUAAUUUUCAUAUACAUUUCCUCGUUCCACAUGAUUAGAGCAAUGAUGGAGAACCAGAAUGCUUCUGUUGCUCAAGAAGGUGGCAAAAUGGGAAGUGAUGGUUAUACUGCGUCGUCGCUGAGGGUGCAAUUGAAUGUUCAGGAUAAGCAAGUGGUGAUGGACAAUGGCAUGGUCCAGGUGACAAUAGCGAAACCGGAGGGAUUCGUCACCGGGAUCAAAUACAACGGCAUCGGCAAUUUGCUAGAAGUUCUUAACGAGGAAUGGGACAGAGGGUAUUGGGACCUCGUGUGGAGCGAAGCAGGUAGUGCCGGCACGACCGGUACCGAUGAUAGAAUGAAUGCAACGAAGUUCAACGUGAUAGUGGAGAACGAGGAGCAAGUGGAGAUCUCGUUCACGAGGAUGUGGGAUUCCUCCAUGGCGGGCCAGAUGGUUCCCCUCAACAUCGACAAAAGGUUCGUCAUGCUUCGGAAUUGCUCAGGAUUCUACUCCUAUGGAAUCUACGAGCACUCCGGGGAUUGGCCUGCUUUCAACCUUCCCCAAACCAGGAUUGUCUUCAAGCUCAGAAAGGAUAAGUUUAAUUAUAUGGCGGUGGGAGACAACAGGCGGAGACAUAUGCCCCUUCCCGACGAUCGGUCGCCUCGCAGAGGGCAGCCCUUGGCCACUCCUGAAGCCGUUCUUCUUGUCGAUCCCGUCGAACCAGAGUUCAAAGGCGAGGUGGAUGACAAGUACCAGUACUCAUGCGAGAACAAAGAUCUCCAGGUUCACGGGUGGAUAUGCUUCGACCCUCCGGUGGGGUUCUGGCAAAUAACGCCGAGCAACGAGUUCCGCUCCGGCGGACUUCUCAAACAGAAUCUCACCUCCCAUGUCGGCCCCAUUACCCUCGCCAUGUUCCUGAGUGCUCACUACGGAGGAGACGACCUGGUGCUGAAGCUCGCACCGGGAGAGCCAUGGAAGAAGAUCUUCGGACCCGUGUUUUUCUACCUCAACUGCACGUCGGAAAAUCCGCUUAAGCUCUGGGACGACGCUAAGGAACAGAUGUUGAGCGAAGUCCAGGGCUGGCCUUACGCCUUUCCGGCCUCGGCGGAAUACCAGAUUUUGGAUCAGCGGGGUUACGUCAAUGGGAGGCUAAUGAUUCGAGACAAGUACAUCAGCGAUACCCUAAUCCCUGCCGCCGGGGCGUACGUGGGACUAGCACCUCCGGGAGAAAUCGGGUCGUGGCAAACAGAAGUCAAGGGUUACCAAUUUUGGACGAAAGCCGACUCGGAUGGUUACUUCUCGAUCAAUAACGUGCGCACCGGUGACUAUAACAUUUAUGCGUGGGUGCCUUGCUAUGUUGGAGAUUAUCGAAAUGACGAAGUGAUUACUAUAACGUUAGGUUGUCAAGUUGAUGUGGGGGAUCUUGUGUUUGAGCCUCCUAGAAACGGGCCGACAUUGUGGGAGAUUGGAGUCCCGGAUCGCUCCGCAGCGGAAUUCUAUGUGCCCGACCCGAACCCGAAGUACAUCAACAAGCUCUAUCUUAAUCAUCCUGACAAGUUUAGGCAAUAUGGAUUAUGGGAAAGGUACACCGAACUGUAUCCUGACAGUGACUUGAUCUAUAAGGUCGGUGCGAGUGAUUAUACAAAAGAUUGGUUCUUUGCACAGGUUCCCAGGAAGAUCAACGACAGCACGUACAAAGGAACGACAUGGCAAAUCAAGUUCAAACUCGACGAUGCUCGUCCGUCCGAGACUUACAAGCUGCGUUUGGCACUGGCCACGGCCAAUGUGGCACAACUGGAAGUUCGAGUCAAUAGCCCACAAGCAAAUCCUCCUCUGUUUUCGAGCGGCGUGAUCGGGCACGACAACACUAUUGCCCGGCACGGAAUCCACGGGCUCUAUCGCUUGUACGUCGUCGACGUGCCCGGAGCUCAGCUCGUUGUCGGGGACAACACGGUGUUCCUCUCCCAAACCAUGAGCACGAGUCCUCUCCAAGGAGUCAUGUACGACUACAUCCGUUUCGAAGGCCCGCCAUCUCCUAAUGACAAGAAGGAUGCUAAAUCUUGGACCUGCUCCCGAAAUUCCUACGUGCUUGACAAUAAUGUGCAUAUUUAGAUAUGUCAGAAUGAGCUAUAGAUUCAUUUUUAACUUAUAUUUGACAAACUGAACUGUCGUAUGAAUCAUUUAUAUUCAAUAAAUAAGUCAUAAAUGGAUUUAGAA